UUUCAUUUUUCACCUUCGUUUUCUUCUGCUCCUUACCUUCAGAUCAAACAUGCAACCUGCAUCAAGCAUGCUCAACAUCUCUGUUACAUGGAGGGGAAAGAAGUUUGUUGCAGAGAUGAAUGUAAGUGCCACUGUGAAGGAUCUGGGGCAGGAAUUGCAAAAAUUAACAAAUGUCAAAGAAGAUACCAUGCGGCUCAUUGUUCCACAGAUUUCUGGCAGAACCUCGAAACUGCUGGCUCCCUUUUCUAUGGAGCAUUCCCAUUUAAGUUUGCAGGAAACUUCCAUUACUGAGGCCAGGUCAAUUAAAAUGAUGGGUGUGUCAGAAAAUGAGGUUGAAGAAGUUUUACACAAUGCAAAAGCGAACUUAAGAAUAGCUGGAUUUGAGUAUGAGGAAAAGAGACUGAAACAGAGAAUUUCACAUGGACCUCGUCCUUCACCAAAACUUCCACAAGGGCCUUAUAUAUUUUGUGAAUUUCGCACACUUGAACUUCCAGGAGUAGAGCUGAAUCCUCCACCUCCUGAGGCACUGAAAAUAAUGCACAUGCUUGCUGCUGAUCCUGGAAUUGUUGCUGUCAUGAACAAGCAUCGUUGGCGUGUAGGAAUUAUGACUGAGAUGGCUCCUGUCGGUUAUGUUGGUGUGAGCCCAAAAUGCAUUCUUGGUUUUAACAAGAAUCAAGGAGAGGAAAUAUCAUUGCGUCUUCGAACUGAUGACCUCAAAGGUUUCAGGAAAUAUGAAAGCAUCAAGAAAACUCUACUGCAUGAACUCGCUCACAUGAUAUACUCUGAACAUGAUGCAAACUUUUAUGCUCUGGAUAAGCAGUUAAAUCAAGAAGCUGCUAGUUUAGAUUGGACUAGAUCUGCAAGUCACACUUUGAGUGGAGUAAGGAAUUCUAAAAUCUAUGAAGAUGAUUUUAUAGCAGACAGUAGAAAUAUUUCUCAGAAGCUUGGAGGUAACAGGACAGGUCAGGUACUAAAUGCUCGGGAAUCUUCAGUUGCUGCUGCUUACCAUCGGAUGGCUAAUAUUUCUGCCAACAAGUCAGGAGAGUCUGGAGCAAAUCAAGAGCUGGAUCCUGAUUAUUCUAGUUUGAAUAUGAGUGAAAAACCAGAUCAUAUGACAUCUGCCUCCAAAGAAAUCAUAGACAUUGACAUGCCCAUCAUUGUUGAGAAAGGACUUAAUGGUGAGCCUGACCCUGAUGAUCAUAUUGUCAAUGGAAUGAAGCAUGAGCCUGAUCCAGAUGAUUCUUGUUAUGCACAUAUUUUGCAUGCUCAGACAAGUACCGUGAAUUUGGGUGCAACAUAUGUAUCUAAAGAACCUUGUCCAGAUGAUUCAGAAACAUCUUUGAAGUCUAUUGCUCCAGCUGUAGAAAUAAAUGUGAUGGCAGAACCUGAUCCCGAUGAUGAUGCAGUCCCCACAUCAAAAUUAUCUACAAUGCCAACUGAUGAGCCAGAUCCUGAUGACCAAGAAUUUCAGAGGAUCAAUGAUUCCGUGACUACUGUUUGCAACCGAUUGUCGAAGGCCCUGGAAAUGCUAAGAAGUGAAGCUAGUCCAUUGCAAAGUGCUUCAAUCCUCCAAAGUCUCUUGAAAAUAAUUAGGAAUGUGAUUGAACACCCUGAGGUGACAAAAUAUAAGAGAUUGCGAAAGGCUAAUCCGGUCAUUGAGAGGGAUAUCUUAAAAAAUAAAGCUGCCUUGGAAAUUCUCUUUUUGGUUGGCUUCAGCGAAGAUGUUAUGUUUGACGAUAUUGGGAAGGAAGAAGCUUACCUGGUGCUGAAGCGGGAUGAUCCUGGAUUAUUGUGGCUAGCUAAGUCCAUUCUUGAGUCAAGCAAAACUUGCUAGCUCAAUAUACAGUUCUGAAAGACAAAGCAAAGUUGUAUGUGGAAGUAUGGUAGUAUACAGAAGAUAUCCUUUGUGUUGUAUUUGGGGGUGUAAAGGUUGACAUUAUGUACGGGUCAAAGUAUUCAACUACCGUUGCUCAUAGUAGAGUUGUAAUACGUGGAAAUUUGUAUAUUUUUGCUUGAACAAUCUUGUAUAUAGAUUUGUAAUCUAUAGAGCAUAAUUACCUACCUAAUAACA